AAAUGAAAAUGUCAGGAGUGGGAUUCGAACCCACGCCCCGCAGAGCAACGCGGGACCAGAGCUUAAAUCUGGCGCCUUAGACCACUCGGCCACCCUGACUCAUGCCGUCUAUCGUAAACGAAGCAGAGUGUGAUGUCUCCUGGCGGUGGGUGCCGCCACGGCUCCGAUGAGGCGAAUAUGCAAACGUGUGUUGGAUUAACUAGGACGCGCGCAGAGUGUCGUGUCGUUGCCCACCAACGCCCUACUGCGGGUUGUAUGGUCAGCAUCGUAAGGCUGCGGCGUGAACCUGGAGAUGGACGAUGUAAGCAUAUUUCGAUACUAUGGAGAAAUGCAAUCGAUAGGAAAGUGUGGCACGAGCGCACCGUCGGGCGAUGGUGGCCCAUCGGGUGGCGGUCAGUCGCGGAGUGGUGGAGCGAUCGAGUAGAGGUGUGCAGUGCGAGGAUCAGUGGCGUGGUAGUGUGCAGUCGUGAUCGGUCGUCGGGUUGCAGUCAGUCUUAGAGUGGUGAAGUGAAGCAGUGAUAGAGUGCAGUGCGUGGGCUGUUGAGACAAUCUAUUUUCAUACCAUUUUUGAAGGAAGAUUGUGAAUCCCUACAGUGCAGUGCGUGGGUUGUUGAGCCAAUCGGUUUCUACACCAUUUUUGAAGGAAGAUUGUGAAUUUCUAUGUGAAAGUUACAACACCUGUUUUGAUUACAAUGAAGUGUAACUGGUGUGGCGAGCAGUGCGGCGACGCCGAUGGACUCCUGGCGCACAUCAUUCAACGCCAUGCACCGAAGCCCGAUGUAAGUGUUGCCUGGUGCUCCAAGCCAAACACUCACAAACCACGCACAGACACACAGGCAGUUUUUGAUUGUACCACCUGCAGUAAAACUUUUAAGCAUAAACGUUCACUAAAACGCCAUGAACAGGAGGUUCAUUCGAACAAACUGCACACAUGUGAAACAUGCAAGAAAUAUUUCAAAAAUGUAAGGAGUUUAAAGGAGCAUAUAAAAAAACUUAAACAUACUUCAAAACCUAACCCAGUGGUCAAGCCCCAACCUGUGCCUAAAAACUAUAAAUGUAGACAGUGUAAAGAAAAAUUCAAAACUUUAUUUCUUUUGUAUUCUCAUAAAAGAUCAUGCAACUCCCCUAAAUAUGACAAGUAUGUUUGUGAUGGGUGUUGGCGGCGCUUUUCAACAUCAAGUUCGCUGAGAUACCAUGUAAAUGGUUGCAAUGAUAGGAAAAGGAAGGUUGAGCGUGCCCGAAAGGUGCAUGAGUUGUGCUCCUCCAAGUCCCACGUGGGUGGAGACUGGAGCACAGAGAGUGCAGUUGGAGGAGACGCUCGAAUUCACAAUCUUAUCAUUACGGACCUUCAUGAUCUACAGCUAACUCUGUUGAAAAACAAAGAUAGCAUUAAAUGCACGGUGCAGAAGGAUCUGCAGGAGUUGCGUCGAAUAAAAUGGUAUCUGUCUGCCUUUAUUCGAUGUCAGAAGGCGGGUGAAGUAGAGCCUGAAAACGCCGUGCGUUAUAUGCGCUGCAGCCCGCUGACCACAUUGCAAGAUGCUGAACUAAAUGAACAAAUUCAGGAGGCCAUUUUGGGGGUGAUAAAUUCAUUUGAUAAAGCUCAGGGGGAGGGUUCACAAAUUCUGUUUGAAAAGGUUGAGAAAAUUGAACUAAGGGUGGCUAAAUACUCACCUUUGAAGGGUUCUUCUUACAUGCCCUUACCCAAAAAAUUCCAAAGCCCAACAAAGGGGCUUGUCAAUAUUAAAAAUUUUGAUAACAAAUGUUUUUUGUAUUGUUGCCUUGCGGGAGUUAAGCUUCCAGCACGUCAUCCAGAGAAAGUGAGUUGCUAUCGUCACAGGUUAAAUGAAUUUAACAUGCAAGGCAUCACGAGAGAAAUUUAG